AUGGCCAGCGCUCCACCGACAGCACAGGUGAUCACAGAAACUUGCAAGCAGAUCGGCAUCAAGCACUACGUCGAGGACAUUCCCCACAGCACACGUCAGGCAAGGCUUCACUGGCUAGGCGAUCGCGAGGCCGAGAAGACUGUCCUGUACUUCCACGGCGGAGGCUUUGGCGUCCCGGCUUUCGAAGGCCAUGUCAAGUUUGUCGGCAAGACCAUCGAGAAAGUCAAGCAGAACGGAGUUGAUCUGAACGUUGCAAUGCUUGAAUAUGCCUUGACUCCGGUGGCCAAGUACCCGGUCCAGAUCACGCAAGCAGCAGAAGCUUUGCAUUUCUUGCUCGAUCGAGGCCAUGACCCAUCCAAUAUCAUCAUCGGUGGAGACUCUGCUGGCGGCAACUUGGUGCUUGCACUCUCUUCCAUUAUUCUCCAUGGCUUUGACGGCGUCCGACCAUUCACGCUGAAUGACAAGCUCGCGGGAGCAAUCAUCAUCUCCGGCUGGGUGAGCUACGACACCGAAGCCGAGUCCAUGACGACAAACGACAUAUUUGACGUCGUUUCUCACAAGUCCGGCACGUCGAUCCACCCGGCCUACGUGUCUGACGACCAGCGGAACAACUACUCCGAGCCCAUCCGUGCUGGUGCUGCAUGGUGGAUUGACUUUCCCGCGAAGAGGAUCCUGAAUGUAUACGGUGGCCAUGAGGUGUUUAGGGACGAUAUCGUACUGGUCGGCCAGCAGCUCCAGGAUGCAGGCAAUGAUGUGGAGUCUGUGGAGAGCCCAAUGCAUGUGCAUGCCGACUGCAUUUUGGACGCACAGACAGGCUUCGCACAUGGAGAGAUGGCUGAGACGAUUUGGGAUUUCUUGAGCGGAGUGUAG